AUGGCUGCCAAAUUCCAAGAGUAUAAAGAUAAUUUGGAGCGCAACCUAAACGACAAAAGCAAACCAUGGACGAAGUAUUUCGAUAAAGCUGAACAAAAAACCGGGGUGGAUCGACUACAUCUUUUCAUAGGUUUGGUGGCGUUCACUGGGUUAUAUUUAGUGUUCGGAUUUGGAGCUGGAUUGAUUUGCAAUCUAAUUGGUUUCUUAUACCCGGCGUAUAUGUCUAUGAAGGCAUUGGAGUCACCAAUGAAAGACGAUGACACUAAAUGGCUGACAUACUGGGUGGUAUAUGCUUGCUUCUCUUGUGUAGAAUACUUCUCAAACUUCAUUGUUGGAUGGUUCCCGCUUUACUGGUUAAUCAAGUGCAUCUUCAUUAUAUGGUGCUAUCUACCUACAGACUACAACGGCUCACUGAUCAUCUACCAUCGCAUUAUUCGUCCGUACUACCAGAAACACCACGGUACCAUUGAUAAUGUGGCGAACUCGGGAAUGUCAAGAAGUCUUCCCUCUGGCCAAGCUUGCUGUCGAAAACAAGAUGAGUGA